AUGAAAUCCAAUUAAUUUGAAAGGAUAAAGACAGAAAUAAACGAUGUUAAUAAUGGAAAUCAAUCUGCAUCAAAAAGAUACUAUUUAAACUCUAAUUCAAAGUCAACUGAGAGAAGUAAAAGAUUAAUUCUUAUAAAGCUAAACAAAUAAAAAAAUCUAAUGAAAAUGUGCUUAACCUAAUUAAUAUGUGGCAUGAACAUAGGCAAUCCUUGUCAAUAAAUCCUAUUAACCCUACAGACAUUUAAAAAUAAUAAACUCAUAUAUCAGUUCAUACACUUCAAGAAAAUUAAAUUAAUUAAAUUAAUUGUAUUAAUUUUUAUAAUUUCUAAAAAGCUUCAAACAAUUUUAAACUAACUCCAAAAAAAAAUGAUAUGACAGAGGUAUACUUUUCCACUUCAGAUCAUAAUGAUAAGAUUCCUUUAAGCAAACUUAGUAAAUCUAAUUCGCCUUUUGAAACUUUCAUUAAACAAAGCUUAAGUGAGUAUAUUAACCUAUUAGAUCCUACCAAUAAAAUUCUUCAAUCUUAAAAAGAAAAUAAAAGAAUCAAUUCUAAAACAAAAUAAAGUGAUUAAAAAUUAAAAAAAACAAAAGAAUAUUUAGCUGCAAUUACUUUAUUAUAGAAUGUUUAAAAGACUGUCCAAUAAUUAUAUAAGAAUCAAGAUUUAGCAAAAGCUAACGAUAUAGAUAAGUAUUUAAUUGCUAAAUUAUUUAUAGAAAGAUUUAAUAAUUGAUAUUUCAAAUUGAUAAAGAUUUUAGAUGA